CAAGUUCUCACCACAGUGCAUGUACAGAGAUGCUUGGAUCAACUUCAUUCCAGGGGAAGUUUGAGGGGAAAAAUGUGAAUGAUGGGUCUAAUCUUCUGGAGGAGGAUAGACUUAAUUCUUGUCAGGAAACAACAAUGUUGUGGUUGAAUGACUAUAAAUGUUCACUCUGUGGAAUAGAACUUCCUCCAAGUUUUGUUGAGGAAAGAUUAGAGCAUUCUGAUUUCCAUUUUGCUGAGAAGCUUCAAAAGGAAGAAUCAAGUAUUCGCCAAACAUCUAUUCCGAUUCAAAGUCAGGAUCAAAAGCACCGAAUCAAUAGACAAAGCAAAUCCAAGAAGCAAAAGUUGUCGCAGAGAGAGGGCCGAUAUACGCCCAUUGAUUAUUUUUUUGUUAAGGAGUAAUCAAAGCUUUAAGUUAUUAUUGUAUAAUUUGUAUCUUAUUUUGCCUCACAUCAAUAAUUUCUAAGUCUCUAGGAAUGUCUUUUCUCCACAUAAGAUAAAAUAUGUAUAGUUGUAUUAUGAAUCUUGAUAUGAUUAAUAAAAUAGUCUCAUUCAUUCA